CCGGGCCGGGCAGCGCCGCCGGGGCUCGGAGCAGCGUCCGGCCGGGGGCAGGCAGUUAAAAGAUCAAGGGUGAUGCUCCAACAGGAGAGCUGGAAGGGGAACUUCAUGGACCUCUGCCUGCUCCAGGGUAGCAUUUGCCAGCCCUCAGUCACAGUCUGCACUGGAGUAGUGUAGGCCCCCGGAGGAGCCAGGAGCAUCUUGUGGACCUGCCGUCCUCAUACCAUCUUAUGGUGGUGCCAGUGCCUCGCUCUGUGCCCAGGCAAGGUGAUGGACAGCAGGGCAGAAAUGGAGGUGGUGAGGAGCACGAAGGGCAAUGCUGCUGGGGAGGUCAGCGUCCAUGUGGUCACCACCGAGAGCACUGUGCAGAGCACCCACCUGCCAACCACUGCCUUCAUUAUACCAGCAAAUGCCACUACCAUCAGCCUUCCCACGAACACCUUAGAAAUCCAGCGAUUCCCCCGGGAACCACAGAGAAGCACAGGGGCCGAGAGGCCAGAGAGGGGAACAGGGAAUGAGCCGAUCACAGCUACUGUCAUUCCCCAGAUCAGCGGGGUGCAGACCUGCAGCACAGUCCGUGUGCUGGAGUGGAAAGAUGGGGUGGCUACUUUGCCUGGGAGUAACCUGCGGUUUCGAAUAAAUGAGUAUGGGACACUGAAGGUGGUGAGUGCUGAUAAGAUACCUCCAGUGGAAGCUGUAAAGGAGGGUCACACAGAGAAAGAUGGGGACUCAGAGGUGGCACCCACCAGCAGAGACAAUCCUACUGUGGCUAAUGAUGUGCCGGAGCAGAGCAAGCUGCCCACAGCAGAAAGCAUGUGCCACUGCGAUACCUGUGGCCGGAGACACGUGUGGGAUGGGGCCCGGGAAGGCAGGGGCUUCUGCAGCGAGCACUGUCACCAGCAGUUCAAAGAGAGGUCCGUCAUCGUGGAAAACUCUGCCAGCAGCACCAAUGCCACCGAAAUC